GGCGCCUUCGGGCACACAUGCACAUGAAAUGCUAACGGUGAACGCGUCUAUCGGUAUCAAUUUCACUUAAAAUACCAUGUCCUUGUCAAAAGGAGGUUACUGGAAAAACACAGAGGAUGAAAUUUUAAAAGCUGCUGUCAGUAAAUACGGAAAAAACCAAUGGGCAAGAAUUAGUUCUUUGUUAGUUCGGAAGACUCCUAAGCAAUGCAAAGCUCGUUGGUAUGAGUGGAUAGAUCCAAGUAUUAAGAAGACUGAAUGGAGUCGAGAAGAAGAUGAGAAAUUACUUCAUUUAGCAAAGCUGCUUCCAACACAAUGGAGAACAAUCGCGCCUAUCGUUGGGAGAACCGCGACACAGUGUUUAGAACGGUAUCAAAAACUUCUGGACGAUUUAGAAGCAAAGGAGAAUGCUCAGCUUGGUUUGACAAGUGGUGAGGGAGCAGAGGCUGCUGCUCCGGCGGACGAUCCAAAUUCGCGUUUGCGUUUUGGGUCUGCUGAACCUAAUCUUGAAACGCUUCCCGCACUUCCAGAUGCAAUAGAUAUGGACGAAGAUGAAAAGGAAAUGCUUAGUGAAGCUCGAGCUCGUUUGGCAAACACACAGGGCAAAAAGGCAAAGCGAAAGGAUCGCGAAAAACAAUUGGAGCUUACUCGUCGUUUGGCACAGUUGCAAAAGCGACGGGAAUUAAAAGCCGCCGGUAUAAACAUUAAACUCUUUCAGAGGAAGAAAAAUGAAAUGGAUUAUAAUGCCGCAAUUCCCUUUGAAAAGAAACCAGCCUUGGGUUUUUAUGACGUUUCAGAAGAAGAACGCGCUAACUUGCGUGAAAAACGUGAUAUUGAUGUUAAGCUUUUGGAAGAGGGCAAGCGCCGUCAAGACGAUUCUAAACAACAGAAGAAACGAUUGGAGCGAGCUAAACCUGCAGCUGGUCUGCGUACGAUGAACAAGGAUGCUCAUGAAGAGAAGAUGAGGCGUCUGGCUGAAGCUCAACAAAUGAGCAAACGUCGGAAAUUGUCUCUUCCAGCUCCUCAAGUUAGUGAGUCUGAGCUAAAGGAUGUGGUUAAGCAAGGCAUGGCGGGAGAUCGUGCUCAAACCAUGGCUACUGUGACUCGACCCGCUACCACAUAUAGUGAAAACAUGAUGGGACGCUAUACACAACUUGAACGGUCUGCUUCUCUCCGUACUCCGCGUGCUGGUGAACUUGAAGGAACUGAGGAUACAAUCACUGUCGAGGCUAAAAAUCUUCUUAUACGAAGCAGAGAGCAGUCUUCCUUGUUGGGCGGAGAAAAUGUUCCAUUGCAACAAGGUGGAACGGGAUACUCCAGCGUAACACCUGUAAGAACGGAAGUUACAAGAACUCCGCAGACAACUGAAAAGCAAAUUACAAUGUUGCAGGCUACUCCUGUUAGAACGGCGACAGCCGUGUAUAAAACUCCCCGUGAUACAUUAGCGCUUAACCAAAAAACGCGUUCAGAAAAAGCAAUUGAAGAAGUAAAGCUCCGAAAGUUUCGUCUGCAAGAAUUGAAGACUGCAUUCGCGACAUUACCAAAACCCAAGAAUGACUAUGAACUUAUGGAGCCUCAGUUUGCUGAGGAAAAUGAUGUUGUUUCUACCGAUGCAGUAGGUAUUGAAGACGCAGGUGAGCGAGAAAAGCGUCUUUUGGAACAAAAGGAAAAAGAACAUGAGCUUGCUCUUCAACGACGGACCCAGGUGGUACAACGCGACCUUCCGAGACCUCAUAUUAUCCGAGUGGACGCAAUAAUAAAAGCUAACACAGUUGUUGAUGAGAACCAAAAAACAGUUUUUGACGAAACUAUAAAGCUAGUGAUUUCAGAUGCAAAACGGUAUCCGCAAGAGAAUACUAAAAUUUUUGGAAAAGCAUUUGUGUUACCAGAGCUCAGUAAUGAGCAGCUUUCCCACUGUUCACAAUUGAUUCAAGCGGAACUGCAGGCUGAGGAACAAUUAUCGGUGGAAGACUUUAAUGGCUCUGUUACUGAAGUACUGGAGAACUUGUCGAAAACGAACAAACCUUUACCCGGUCUUUCUAUUUACGAGGAAGAUGAUGAAGAUGUAUCAAAAUAUGAGGCAGACUACACAAAAAUAGUUUACAAGGCUUUGGCGAAACGUGCCAUGGAAUGCAAUACUAAAGAAGCAGAAUUAGCGGAAAAACUAAAACCAUUCGUGGAAGAAGCUUCUUUACUCGCUGCAAAAACAAAAGAAGCGUGGUCCGCUUUGGAAAAGAGUACUUCUGACUUGCAGUGCUACUCUGAAUUGGAGACUUUAGAACGUGCUGGUUCACAAUUCCGUUUAGAGAAUGCUCGCCGAGAACUGCAGUUGGUGACACAAAUUGAAGCCUUUGCACAGCAAGAGUAUGCUCGUAAACAGUUAAAUCAAGCAUGAUGCACUAAUAGUUUUCCUGGUAUUACGUUCAUUCUACACUACUUUUUUUCGUACUAAUAUGUUCAUCGUUGGUUUGCAUUAAGCUCAUUCAUCUACAGAAAAAUAAUCCAUGAAAGCGAGAAGUAGAAAAGAAAAAGAGGAUAUGAAGCAAGUAGUUUUUUCUCGGGAAUGUUGGAACGUUUUAAUACUCCCAUUGCUGCGAACAUGGUCCAGCCGUACAUAAGCAAUAUUAUUGGGACGCGAACAUACUCAGUGCGUACGAAAGCACAGACUGCUGCAGCAAUGGCUAGAGGAAAUGUAGAAUAUCCAAGAAUGCACACAGACUGGAAAAAGCUAAUGGUAGCACCGAGUAAUUUCAAGUUGAUAGAACACACAGCCUGGCCAAACCAAAUUAAACCAAAGACAACUGUAAACACGGCUUCAGACUGGUUUUCCGGAGCACUUAUAGCAAGGAUAAUGGCAAUGCCAAGAGAAAAAAGCAAAGGUCCCCAUAAGUCCCAACUGUAAAGUCCGUCGGAAUCUUUCGGAUAGAGUGUAUACAGAAGUUUUCGCCCAAUUGACUUCAGAUCAUUCAGCAAAGUUACGACUAUGGGUUCUUCAAGCGUGUCUCCAGCUUUCAAUUGUGUGUCUACCACUGUUUCCGAGCCGAUUCCGGUGUUUUUAUUAGCAGGCCGAUUUACGUCGAGACUUGCUCUGGCGGGAUCCAUUCGAAGCAGAUCCUCAGUCUCGUCCCUUUCAAUCUCAACACUGUAUAGUUCAUGCUGUUCUGAUGACAUUUUUUCCGGGAAUUAUAUGAAGGAAAGAAUUGGCUGUCUUUCGCUGAGUCGGUAAGAACCCGAGGAUAUCUAAGGUUUAAAUGAAACACGCGACGCGAUGCGACGCGCCACGCUUAAUGAACCUUAAUUAUAGAGUGUGCGAUAUUCCUGAACGAGAGCUUAAGAAGAAUUAUAAUGAUUGAACAAUAAAGAAGAUAGUGCAAAUAACAUAUCUAUUUAAAAGACAGCAG